AUGCCCGGCAGCUGGGGCAAAGACGCUGAUGCCGAUUCCGAAGUCGAGGUCGAACUGGGUCGGGAGAUGGGCUCGAUGUUGGUCUGCGGCAACGCGAGGUUGGCGAGGGCGGUGGCUUCCUCCAUGACCGAUCGGAAGGAGGGUAAGUCGUGGUCUGCGAGUCUGUCCAAAGCCGAAGCAGGCGCAGGAUCUUGGAUGGCGGCCAGGAUGGCGGUUGCGGCGGUCUCGUCGCGGGGGAUGGUCGGGCUUUCGUGCCAGGGUGCGGCCCUUGCAAUGUUUUGGUUUUGGUGGACAGUCGCGUAG